AUGCAUUUGUUUCAGAGAGGAUUGGGCACCCUAACCCUAUGUCGAUUCAUGUCGCAGAAAUUAGUAUUUAAUUAUCCUAUUUCUUUGACAUCACAAGAGAGUUUUCAGAGAUCACUGAAAUCUAACAAGACAUUGUCAAGGUUGAGAACUUUAUAUCUCGAGAACAAAUUGCAGUUUGUAGAUGAUGAGCCAUCCCUAAGGAAUGUUGUUUUGACACCAGAAAUAAAUUCUCAACGAACGUUGCCCAGAACGAAAUUCCCUAAAGAGAGGAUAUUCCAUGAAGUUCAGAUGGACUCUAGUGUAGCUACGUGGAAGAAACCUUUUGUUAAAUGGUUUAGAUUAGGGAAGUCAUUACUUAUUUACUAUCGAGAUGGUAUUAAACACAUAAUUGUAGCAUAUAAGAAUUCACAACCUUUUGAAUUAGGUUCAACCUACAGAGAAAUUGAAGCUGGUGAACGAAAAAUAACAAGGGUUCAAUUCAUUGAAUCUAUGAGAAGCCGUAGAGAAAUUAAAAAGAUUCCAAACUUUAUUUUAUUGAGCAUAAUCUUCGAAGAACUUACUGUACUCAUUUGUUAUUACUGGCCGAAGAUAGCGUUAUGGAACUGCUUGAAUCCAGGUGGCUUCAAAAAGAUAACAGAAUCUAUGGCAAUCAAGAGCAUACUACCGAAUAAUAGUGCGGAAAGUAAGUACGUCUCGCCUUAUUCGUUACCAAAGAAGCUGUUAUCAUCUACUUUGCAACAAAGUACCGUAAUGAGAAUGGGAAAAUGGAAAUUAAAGCUAUUUGAUCUCCUAACUAUACAAAAUAAAGCUGUUGAAAGAUUGGUUGCCAUCUGUCAGUACACUUUCAUUGAUGAUUGUCUGUUGCUACAAAAUAUUCUUCAGAAAACAGAAAUGGAAAGUAUUUUGUUAGGCUAUGACGAAUUGGUAAAUUUCAUCUUCGAAAGAAGAUUAUAUUAUGGAGGCGAGGAUUUGAAUGCGAUGGUCAACACCGUGUCAGGAAGAGAAGUACUAAUCUGGAGACUCUUUCUUUAUUUAUCUUUUAGGUUUGAUAAUACAAUCUACACUUAUGGCUCUGAAUCAUUUUCAGAGAAAUGGGGCUUGAAUAAUGUGACAAUCCUUAACAACCCUGGAUCCACAUUUCCCGAUGUAAAUAGAAAGCAACGUUUGAUUAAAGAAACGGAUCUGCAUAUAUUCCACUAA